UUGGAGCGUGCGAACCGCUUCUUCGAACUCGCAAGCGUGGAAGGCUACGAUGGCCACGACGCCUCCCUCCCCCACCACCUCUCCCUCCUAGAAGCCACCUUCGCACCCACCCCCGCCCAUCCCCAUCUCGCCCGAACCAAGUUCCUCCUCACAGUACCUUAUACCUUAUGUAAUAUGUCAGGAAGCCUUCACGGCGGAGCGGUUGCUCUCAUCUUCGACAUCUGCACCUCCGUCACAAUCUCCAUCUGCGCGAAAGAAGGGUUCUGGGAUAGCGGACACGUUUCGCGG